GGAAAUCAAGCGGACGUGGGUCAUAGCAGAUCGCCAGUACCGUAAGGAAGCGCGUCGUGCUGCUGUGCUUCGACUACGUAAGAAUGCUAGUCCUCGCAGGAAGGGAGCGAAGAUGACUUCAUCCUCGAGGGGUGAUCUGCAAACGCAAAGUAAGUUUACCAAGAAGUCGAGUAAACCCUUGUUCCUCUCGUCCCUCACUCCCUUGCAAAAGCGGCGCAUGUUUGAAGUACAUUUGCAAGACCUAACGCAAGGACCGUCAUGGCUGCGACACUGGUUACUUGACGGUUGCGCUUCCACAUCGGGACAAACGAAGUCCUAUUGUGCUAGGAAAAGAGAGCGAGCACGAGAGGAGAGAGGAAGAAAACUUGGAGGACCGAGAAGGACGAGGCAUGGUGGGAACAACAGUUCGUUAAACUUACACCAAGUAAACCAUCCACGGUUCCCAGCUAGACUAGACUUAUACGGUGUCAUUCGGGAUAGUGCGGCGCCAGCGUUCUUCGCACACGAACGAUCUCGGCAGACUGAGAUUGCUCUUUCUUCAACCUACCUGGAUGUAGAAACAAUCUUAGCUGCUAGCGUUAUUAAGGCUACAAGAUGAAAUCUCUGAUUUUCAGAGGCACGCAUCUUGGUCCCUCCCGUCUUUCAAGGGAAAACGCGACCCAAGAAGACGCUUCUGAAAAUGGGACAGAAAGACUUCUCUUACUUCUAAUAGCAGAAGAGGGCUGACAUCCUCCGCGUUUCAAGAACGUCAAUGGCGGCGUCUAGCAACGGAAGAAGAGGAGAUGGACGAGGCGUUGGACGCGAGACCCUAUUUGGCGCAAUGGGAGACGCUGGUAUAUCCUGCUCAGCAGAAAGUAGUAGUAGGAGGCUUGCAGAGAGGAGAGCAAGAACUCGUUGCGUCGACAAACGCUAGAAGUUUGAUGCUGAAUGAAGAUCGAAGUCAUGCACUGUCCUCGACAAGGACACCAGUAGAGACAGAACUACAAGAUCGCACUUCUGUUGGGGAUCAGCAAGAACAACGUUAUAGCGUAGCUCAGCAGCUUCAGGAGAAGGCCACUCUGAUGUCGACACAGGUGAGUAAGAUGAACAAUACAACCAGCAGCUCUACAUCAACGCUGGAGAUGAAUUAUGGUGGACAAGUCAAGUCUACCCCCACUUGCAGUUCUACUUCAUCAAGCACGCAGCAGCAGCAACAGGAGCAGUCACAACCACGCGGGCGCAUUUUACUGAGAAGACGCCAACAAAAUGUUGAAGAAAGUGGUAAUGCACCACUAACAGGAGAACAGACUGGAACCAUUUCAACGGGAUCAAGAGGUCUGUCCAAUACUAGCGUUAGCGUCACGAGCCGGGCACCCCUUUCUUGUGUACAGAAAAGAACCGUUGGUGCUAGAGGUUUUUCGACUGAGAGCGGUAAAGGGCGAGACUCAGAAGAUGAUGUGCCAAGUGCAGCUGCCCUAGCUGCGGAGGCGAAACCAGCAGAACGAGCUGUGAUAAUGCAAGAAGGAGAACAGAGUUAUGUGAGCAGAAAUGAGUAUUUUUUGUUGCAGUUGCUACAGCGGCAGAUCGAUGCCAAUUGCAAUCAUACCUAGAGUUUGGAAGCAAUGAGGGAUCAUUCGAUCAAUAUUAAACGAUCAUUUUCAUCUAAGUAGUUCCUUCUUCUAAUCAAGCGCCACCUACUUAACACAACCUAGUACAACGCCAAAGAGAAAACAAAAUGAACCGCGAUCUUUCUCUGCGAGGACUUUCGAGGAUCAAACUCAGCAGAAGGAACAGAUGAUCUCUCCUUCCAGAAUGCCUGAUUUUAGUGCCUCAGUAUACGAUCUCAUUCGACAGAAUGGGGGUUGCAGAGCCAAGUUGAGAGAGGUGAGGAUGCAACUGCAGAAAUCGUAUGGUGCUACACUUUUUGAUAGGCGCCUCGACGUGCAGAGAUUGGGUAUGCCUUUAGCGGAGUUCAUGGACAAGAACUUCUUUCCCCUCAGCGAAUUUGAACCUGCGACGGACGCAGAGAUUACCGAAAGUGUGAAUCUGAUGAAGCAGUUCCUGAAACCUGUGCGAGAGUUUUUAGAUGUCCGUGGACGAAGUGCACGGUUUCAUGGUGCGUGUUUGCAAACUGAGAGGGGGAGAACAGAAGUGUUGGAAGCCUUUUGGGUUAUGGAAUCGAUUGUUGGAAAUCAUUAAUACUGUUCUUGGAGAGCAGAAUAGCUGUAAGCAUAAGUUGUAGAGUAUUGAUGUCUGACGAAAGUCUCUUUCACUGCUUCCUUAUCUUUCUUUAUCUUGGUUUAUUUCUAACUCCCACGCUAUCGGUUGUCCUCCACCACCAGCGAACAUCGUGCUACGUCAGCAGUCAAGCGGUCCUCCACAUACCCAGUCAUCCGCCAAAAAAGAUCGGGAGAACGCGGUGACAAAACUGCGAAAACAAAUGGCUAGACGAGAAGCCGAAAGGAAGCGGCUUGCACGUCUUGUCGUGCGCAAAGAUUAAGGCUUCCUUUAAUCCGUUUUUAAGAUAGACGCAUCCUGAUGAGGAGACUUUUCAAUGGGGAAAGGGAAUCAGGAUGCUUGCUUCUCAAGACGGAGUCUUGGCGGGGUAACUAACCUCUUCUAAAAAGAGCAUGCAAGACUGAAAACAUUGAUGUGGGACAAUUUUUCGGAUUUCAAAGCGGAACCCUUGAUCAUCCGAAAACUGAUUGAAGCUUUGCAGCUUCCCGAUGCCUCUGCUGUGCCAGCAGUCUUGGGGAAGUCGCUGAGCGAGUUCAUCAAAAAGGAUUUGGACAAGCCAGAACCUAUGGAUCCGUUGCUUGAUUUGCCAGAAGAACCCGAACCAGAAGAAGAGCUUUCUUUCUCGAGUCCUAGCGGUUCUCUGAGUGCUAGUCCUAGCGGUUCUCUAAGUGCGACAUUCGCGGCAACAAAAUCUUCUGCGGGUGCAUCUCCAGCAACGCAAUUACUCUUAAGGCAGCUUGCGUAGGAAAUAAUACAUCUUCGUCUUCUUGUUCCCACUCAUCGCUGUGCCGUUUCCCUUAAAGGGAAACGGGUUCUUGUACGGAGAUGCUCAUUUUUCCAACCAGGAGAUGCUCAUUUCUGCAAGUUCUAAUAAUAUCAGAAUCAGCAACAGCAUUACUCGACAAGUACACCAAGUUGCUCCAUGGUCGGUCUGCGCGCAAGCUCGAUUUGAUGGAUACGGGAAAUAUCCGUGGUUUGGUCCACCAACGGGCGCGGCGGUUGUUGCAGAGAUCAUUGUUGGCUCAGCAAUCUGCACGUGGUGGUUCGAGACCACCGAGAAAUAACAAGGAUAUCAAGCGGUCGUCUUCGUCAAGAAGAACAUCUUCAAAAGCUGGUAGCAAGAAAGCAGACCUUGUUGUCCGUGGCAGAAAAAGUGCGAUUGAGAAAGAAAGACGGAUGAGCGCACUUGAUGCAGAAAGGAGAGAAAUCGAACUUGACGAAAUGCAUACUGCAUUGCCCAUUGGGCGAAAGCUUUUGAUGGUAUUUUUAUUAGACUUAUGCAUCUUUCCAUACUUGAGUUUGUGGAAAAGUUCAUUCGUUAUUUUUCGAUAUCACAGAAUUAGGUUCAUCUCCUUCGAGCAGUCCUUCCCAGGAGCCUUAUAAUAAUUCUUCGAAUGAACCCUACCUCCUAGGUCGUCCCCGCACACGAGCAGCUCCGAAUCUACCGACCUUGUGGGAAGGACGUAAACCCACAUGGUUUAUCCGGUGACGCACUGAGGCGUAUCGCGAAUUUAGAGGGUUUAGGGGAGGAUGUUACGAUCCUGACAGAGCAGAGCUGGACGGACAGUAUGUUAAGGCUCAACUUUCAAUGGUCACCAUUUAGAUUGGAGUCACUGAGAUCGAAGAGGCGACCUUCCCUUGAGAGUAGAACAGCGGAAAUAAACGAAGGGAAAGGGGAGAGCUUUGAAGGGGGUCGCUUCCGUUCAGAGUCGGUGACCAAUGAGUGCUGAGCUUUAAGUAUGGCACUGUCGGAGAAGAAAGCGGCGUUGAGAAAGAAAAUAGCUUUCGAAUGAAGUCUUAAUCAUGUUUGUCUUGCGUCUUUCCAUCUGAAACGGCAAGAUGGUAUUAAAUAUUACCAUUUUUUUAUGCCGGAAAGAUGCCCAUCGAGGUUUCUGAUACCGUUUAGACCCAUAAGAAAGUGUCGUUUUGUCUUUUAACCUCGUCUACCGAAAGCAUGCUUAAGAUUUAUGUUAUUUUUUCUUCACAACGAACGCACCAACUAAAUUCCUGUGAGUGAUGUCAUUGAUAAUACCUUCUAGUACGAAGUAAAAGUAAAAUUUACAACCUACAUAAUUAGAAAUUAUCUAUGACUAUGCUUUGAAGAUAGAAACAUUUAUUUGUAAACUCAUCUCAUGAAGAUCUUCAGACUACUUUUUGUCAUGUUGUUCGUCCACAAGAAACAAGACUCAGGUAUUUCUUCCCUAGAGAAUACAUCAACAUCGACAGUUUAGCAAAAGCCUAAUUCGUCUAUUUGUGAUGUGGUCACGAAAAAAAAACGUUACAAUUAUAGAGAUGGUGGACAAGCUCCUGCACCAG